AUGAGAAAUAGCGGAGAGAUAUUUACAGGUAUGAGAGAAAGGAAAGAUAUAUGCUCUUUCUUCUCACUUGUAAAUUCCCCCUCCUUAUUUCUCUUACAAUAUCACCUUUCUGUCUCUCGUCAUUUCUCUUUCAAUUCUCAUACCAUAUCAUUCUCUUUUCUCUCACAACUCUUUCACUUUUGUCUCUCUGUUGCCAUAUCAUCCUCCUUCCUUUCUUUUCCAAUAUUGUUAUCUCCCUCUCAGAUCUCCUCUUUUUCUUCUUUUUGUUCAUUUGUUUCUCCGUACUCGUCUAUAUAUCAUAUAAAGAUUAAUUUUCUUUUUUCCCUUUCUUUCUCUUUCUCCCAUAUCAAUACUUUUCGUCCUCUCUUCUUAUUUUCCUCUCACUCCCACCUAUCCUCUUCCUUCUCAGCCCAGUCACAUACAAAGUCAGUCGUCAUAACUAUCAGCACUACGACGUCGCUAGUAGCUGUAGAAUCUCAAGCUCUGAGGUGA